AUGACCCUCAGGCGAUUACACCUCAACAAGAAGGCAACCGACAAACAGCCCGACAGCAAGCUCCCAGGUGUGUCUCUCCUGAAGCCACUGAAAGGGGUGGACCCUAACCUGAUCAACAACUUGGAGACGUUCUUUGAGUUGGAUUAUCCCAAAUAUGAAAUCCUCCUUUGUGUGCAAGAUCAUGAUGAUCCAGCCAUUGAUGUAUGUAAAAAGCUUCUUGGAAAAUAUCCUAAUGUGGACGCUCGAUUAUUUAUAGGUGGCAAAAAAGUUGGCAUUAAUCCUAAAAUUAAUAAUUUAAUGCCAGGAUAUGAAGUUGCAAAGUAUGAUCUUAUAUGGAUUUGUGAUAGUGGAAUAAGAGUAAUUCCCGACACACUUACUGACAUGGUUAAUCAAAUGACAGAGAAAGUAGGCUUGGUUCAUGGGCUGCCUUAUGUAGCAGACAGACAGGGAUUUGCUGCCACGUUAGAACAGGUAUAUUUUGGAACUUCACAUCCAAGAUCCUAUAUCUCUGCCAAUGUAACUGGUUUCAAGUGUGUGACAGGAAUGUCUUGUUUAAUGAGAAAGGAUGUAUUAGAUCAAGCGGGAGGGCUUAUAGCAUUUGCCCAAUACAUUGCUGAAGAUUACUUUAUGGCCAAAGCAAUAGCUGACCGAGGUUGGCGGUUUGCAAUGUCCACUCAAGUUGCAAUGCAAAACUCUGGCUCCUAUUCAAUUUCUCAGUUUCAAUCCAGAAUGAUCAGGUGGACCAAAUUGCGAAUUAACAUGCUUCCUGCCACAAUAAUUUGUGAGCCAAUUUCAGAAUGCUUUGUUGCCAGUUUAAUUAUUGGAUGGGCAGCCCACCAUGUAUUCAGAUGGGAUAUUAUGGUAUUUUUCAUGUGUCAUUGCCUGGCAUGGUUUAUAUUUGACUACAUUCAACUCAGGGGUGUCCAGGGUGGCGCACUGUGCUUUUCAAAACUUGAUUAUGCUGUAGCGUGGUUCAUCCGUGAGUCUAUGACAAUCUACAUCUUUUUGUCAGCAUUGUGGGACCCCACUAUAAGCUGGAGGACUGGUCGCUACAGAUUGCGCUGUGGAGGCACAGCCGAGGAGAUCCUAGAUGUAUAACUACAGCUCCGUGACUGUAUAUAAAAAAAGAAGUAUUAUAAAUUAUGUUUAUAUAAAUACUUUUAAAGGAUCUACCUUCAAUAGUUUUAUCACUUGUAUGUUUUGGUAACUAUUCUUUAAUUUAUUUUGCAUGGCACUUGCAUCUGUGAGAAAACAAAACGAAGCAAAAAUCCACAUGUCUAAUCUUGGCCAAAUGGUACACUUUAUUUUGUGGAAGUAUAGACUCAAGAGACUUGGUUCCAAGAACCUGGGUGUGUUUUGUUGUUGUUGUCUGUUUACUUUUUUAAAAACAUAAACAAAUACAUGUAUAUAUGACCGCUCUGCAACAAACACUAUGACAGUACCCUUCAGUAGAAAAAGUUUCCUAGAUGUGAGUGCACGCGUUUAGAAUUGCCGGGGACGGCAGCAGCCGUGAUCUGGGAUUCUGGCAAGACUGGAAGGUAACUCAUCUUCGUAUCGAAAGGGGAUGGUGUUACUCAGUGAACAGCCCACAGUGAGGUACUAACUGAGAAACUUUUUCAUGCUCUAUGCCUACCUCGUAUAGUUGUUGCAGAGCAAAUUUAAAUCAUCAUAAGGUAGAUGGGCCUUGCAAAAACAAAUGAGAACAAACUUAAUAAAAGUUUAUAGCUGAAGUCUAGUAUUUAUAUGAAUCUGUGAGAGAUAUUUUUCAGUCUCGUUGCAAUGAACCAAAAGUGGCUGAGUUUGGUUUUAAAUUGUAGCCCUUUAUGGAAGGCCUCUUUUGACCAACGUUGGUUGGUUCUGUCUUGAACCAUUGUUGUCACUGUGCUGUACUGACUCUAGUGAAGCUCCUCGCCCAGCUGACCCCAUCUUUCCUUACCUUUUUUUUCAGGGGGCUGGGGUAAUUUUGUUGUUUGUUUUAGUGUGAGUGAAUAUUUUGAUAGUUGUGAGGGGAAAUGCAUUUCAGACACGUUUCACACAUGAGCUAUUUUCUUACACAGUGUGUCUUAUUGUUAAUAAGAAUGUAAUUUCAUGACAGAUAUUUAAUAUCUUUUUUAAGUAAAUAUUCUAGCCAUCAGUAAAUAAAUUGCAGUAGAGUAUUGAGGGCAUAGGAUUGAAUUUUACUGUUAAAAUUAAUCAGUAUCAGACUUCAGCCUACUGUGUGUACGUGUGUGGUUUUGUUUUUGCUUCAAACCAUUAUCGUUAGUCUAGUCUGUAUUUAGAUUGGAUUUUUGUAUUCCAGUUUGUAUGACAAAGUAGACUAGAUCAGUACUGGUUGUAAAUGCAUGCUAUAUUUCCUCUUCCCACCAUCCCGCUAAACUUGCUUGUCAGGUUGUGCUUAACUUGUGGUGAACUGGGCUUGUUUGGGUUUGAGAAAUAAGCGACCGUGUAAGGGACAGUGCAGAAGCCUUCCCCCUCCUUCUUUUGCUGAUGGUGUUUUUGCUGCUGCUCCUGGAUUGGGUGGCCUGUUGUCUCUAUGGACACCUGUUUUGCAAGGCUCACACCGGCAAUAUGGCAGCUGCAAAUUCUAAGUUAAAUACUUUCCGUGUCAAAGCUUAAUGUGGAGCAUAUUAGCAAUAACUACAUAUUUAUAGAAAAUGGACACUUUGACUUCACUGAGCCAGUUCAUUUGUCUAAUGAUUACACACAUGUUUAAAUUGCAAUAUGUCUAUAAAUGUGUAUAAAGAAGGUAUACACAUUAUAGUUAAGCUUUUCUCUGGGCCAAAAUGCUUCAUCCAUUUUCCUUUUUCGUUCUCUUGUUUUGCCUUAUGAUGAAUUUGUUCGAAGGGCAUUUUGUUCGUGAACAAAGGCUUGAAUGCGUGCUCCUGUCUUGGAGUAGGUAAGGUGGAUUGGGUAGCAGUGUUCCCUGAGGAAAGUUGCACAGUGAAAGCCAGUCUAGUUGUGACCCACUAAACGUUCAUUUUUUAGAAUCAUUGCUAAUACAAGGUGAAUUUUGCUGACUAUGUAAUUGUUGUUUUGUUUCAUGAAGUCUGGUUGAUGCCAUACUUUGCACUGCUGAAAUGAAAACUUGCUUUCUGUUGAUCUCAGUAUGGGCAAUGUAGUAAAAAACCAAAUGGCUGAACAGACUUCUUGUGCUUUGUAAACAUUCAGUAAAUGACUGUGCUGUGUGUGCUGUAUGUGGUACUAAUGGAGUACUUCCUAAAACUGAAGUUUCACAUCAGCAGACAGAGUGAUUCUUUGUGUAGAAAAAUUUGAUUGAUUAAAACAUGGUCAUAGAUGAUACAAAUGUUGAUCUAGGAGUCAAGAUGUAAUAGCUGUCUAUAUUUUAAAAACCAACCAACCAACGUGUCCAGGAUGUAUCAUGUUGUAUUAUUUAAAAUCAUGGUCUUAAGAGUUUUGUUCAAAAAAAUAAAAAUUUGAAUACAAUGAAAACAUUGUA